GGUUCACCUCUGAAGACUAGUAUCUGUGUAAUGAGAUUUCUACUUCUCACUUCUGUAAGAGAAAAGAAUUUCAAUUGAAUGAGAAGGAGAAGUAAUGAUGAAGGGGAUUUGAAGGGGUUUGGACUUUUGUAAAAAGGUAAAAGAUUGGAUUUAGAGGAAAAUUUGGCAAGCAAUUGAGGAAGAUUUAAAGAGGAAAAUUUCCAAGUCUAGAUUGUGUUUUCAACUUCUGUGUGAAAAUGUUUCAGAUGAAGGAGUAGGAGAGGAGACAAGAUGUAAGUUGAAUAACGAGAAAGAAUUUGUGAAGGUGAUUUUGAUGGCAUUAGGCUCAUGAAGAUAACAAAAAAAUUAAUUUGAGGAAGGAAAAAUUUGGAAGAAUUGAAGGAUAAGCUGAAGAAUAACUCUAGCUAAAGGAAAACAGGGGUCAGUCUGAAAGGAACGAAUGGCUUGAAUAAGGACCUAAAAUAAAGAAUUUAAGAGAAGUAAAUGGCAAAGAGUUGUUGGCAAGGCAACUUAAGUAAGAAAAGUAUCAUAAGUUUGCCAGGGAGUGAAUUCUACAUAUGCUUCUGGGUGACAGCCUCUUACCUUAACAACUAUCUCCGUGGUGAACUAGACUUCUAAGAUCUCCUACAACAUCUGCUAGCGUGAACAGGAAGAGUGCGGAAAACAACAUGUAUACGUAUACACCAAGAUGAAGACAGCCACCAACAUCUACAUUUUCAAUCUAGCCCUGGCAGAUGCUCUAGCAACUAGCACACUGCCCUUCCAAAGUGUCAACUACUUGAUGGGCACCUGGCCCUUUGGCACAAUCCUCUGCAAGAUUGUAAUCUCCAUAGACUACUAUAACAUGUUCACCAGCAUCUUUACUCUCUGCACCAUGAGCGUCGAUCGCUACAUUGCCGUCUGUCAUCCGGUCAAGGCCCUGGAUUUCCGUACUCCCCGAAAUGCCAAAAUUGUCAAUGUCUGCAACUGGAUACUUUCUUCAGCCAUAGGUCUGCCAGUCAUGUUCAUGGCAACCACAAAAUACAGGCAAGGUUCCAUUGAUUGCACACUCACAUUUUCCCAUCCAACUUGGUACUGGGAAAACCUGCUGAAGAUCUGUGUUUUCAUCUUCGCCUUCAUUAUGCCCGUCCUCAUCAUUACUGUGUGUUAUGGCUUGAUGAUCUUACGCCUCAAGAGUGUCCGCAUGCUGUCUGGCUCCAAAGAGAAGGACAGAAACCUAAGAAGAAUCACCAGAAUGGUGUUGGUGGUAGUGGCUGUGUUCAUAGUCUGCUGGACCCCCAUUCACAUCUAUGUCAUCAUCAAAGCCUUGGUCACCAUCCCUGAAACUACUUUCCAGACUGUGUCCUGGCACUUCUGCAUUGCUCUAGGGUAUACAAACAGCUGCCUUAAUCCAGUCCUUUAUGCAUUCCUGGAUGAAAACUUCAAGAGAUGCUUCAGAGAGUUCUGCAUUCCUACUUCCUCCACCAUUGAGCAACAAAAUUCAACUCGAAUUCGCCAAAACACUCGGGACCACCCUUCCACUGCCAACACUGUGGAUAGGACUAACCAUCAGCUAGAAAACUUGGAAGCUGAAACUGCCCCACUGCCGUGAGAAGGUCUCCUGCUAGAGCUCAAAGAAGUUGGACACCAACACCAC